AUGUCAAACAAAUCGCGGACUUUAUUGGAUAUAUUCCAAGAGAUAUUGGCGGCGUCUGGUAACUCUUCGGAUAGCAAAAGCAUCAAUGAGUCUCACAUACUAUCAGUGCUCCAGGAACAGGCAUCUAGAGGGAGAAGUGAGAACUUGGGUUCAAUUUUAGUCAAAGUAGUCAGCGAUGUUCAGAGAAAAUUGAAUCUUUCCAUAAAAACUGAUACAUGUGGAUACUGCGAUGGAGACUUCAGAGAUGUUGUCGAAGCCUACAACGGAAUACAUGGCUAUGUUAGUUUGAUAUGCAAAAACUUCGGUCCCGUGAGGAAGAAUUCCGAACAUAUCCAUGGUUUGUGA